AUGGAAACACUACUUUUAAUUAUCACAAUUAGUUACUAUUCUUGCUCCUUUCCAAAUUGUAAGAAUUUUCUUCAUUACUCUUGUGCAAAUUUUCAAUUCAAAAUUGAUCAACAUCCUUCUCAUUCACACCACCCUCUCAUACUUCAAUUCAGUAAGCCUCAAUCUUGCAAUGUAUGUUGUAAGAAAGAUUGUAGGCUUAUUUUCAGGUGUCACAGUGGAUGUAAUUUUAAUUUGUGCACAGAGUGUGUUGUUCCUAAGAUAAUUGUGAGAUGUCAAAGUCAUGAUCACUCACUUUUCUUUGUGGAGAAAGCAUUUUACGAAGGUGUUUGUAAUGCUUGUCAAAAAUCGUAUACACAAUGGAGUAGUGAGUGUUUUGUUCCUAAAGAAGUAAAGCGUACCCAAUCUUUUUUGUUUCGCUGUGUGGAGUGUGAUUUUAACCUUCAUUUUUUAUGUGGUCCAUUGCCGUCCAUCGUUAAAUUUGAUUAUCACAUACAUUCUUUGACUCUUGUGGACCAUUACAUAACUAAAGAUGACCACAAUGAUGAAUUCUAUUGUGACAUAUGUGAAGAAGAAAGGGAUCCAUACAUUCGCAUUUAUUGUUGUAAAGAUUGUGAUUUCGCAGCACAUAUUCAUUGUCUACUUAUUGAGAUCAUGAAGAUAAUAAAGGGUAGUGGUGGUGGUAGCAAUGAUGUGAAGUUAAUGGCGUUGGGAGAGUGUGGAUGGACUGAAUCAUCAAUUGAUACAAUAAAUGAUGUACUACAUACCACUCUUGGAGAGUUUCUAACCAACACCUUAACUGAUCAAGACAAUGCAUUGUUGAGUGAUCCUUUUACUUUUGGUUCUUCAUCAGAGGUCAAGACUUAUGUAGAUCAAAUGUACAAGUCUUGCACACAAGCGAAUUAUCUUCUAUUUGAUAAUCAGUUUCGAUCAUCAAUUGAAAAGAUUUAUCAAAUCAAUCACUUUCCUUCUUUUACCUCGGACGAUUUCAAAAACUUCUUUUGGGAGCUUGUAUGUUAUAGACCUAAAGAAGGGUUGAAAUUGGAUGAGAAGUACUUGAGACAAAAAGUGGUUGAUAUUAAAGGAUACAAGGUACCACUCACACUGGCUCACAUCUUAAACACUUUGCUCCACCGAUACACAGAAUCAGAUCUCUUUGGUGAAAGUGUUUGGAAUUGGACACCUGGAAUAAAGAGCGUCUUUGCUACCACAUUUUGUAUGGUUUGUGAUCAAAUGUGCAGAACUAACAUCAACGAUGUCACCAAACAUCUUCUUCAGGAUUGGUUUUUCUAUCUAAAUGCCAUCGCAAAAACUAGAUUCACAGAUUGGGAUGGACUUGGGAAAUUUAGUGACAAGAUCCUGAAACGUUUUUUCUAUUUUGAAGCAAUUAGAUAUGAAAAAGACAUCAAAGAAAAAUUACAGGGGAGGAUUACAGACUUAGAAGCUGAAUUGAAGAAAUGCAAAGAGAAACUUGACAUGUUCAACACUCAUAUGACUCAGACUAUGGAGAAAAUAAAAGAUCCCAUUAAUGAUGCUUUGAGUUUCAAAGAGAAAACUGUCGAUCAAAUAAUUAGUUUUGAUGAACUUCUUCAUUCAGAAUAUCGGUAUGUGUAGAAUUUACUUUGACUUCUCAAUCACUAUAACUAUAAAAUAUAUA